GGGGAGGGGGUGGGGGCCGGCGGCUACAAUAACAGCAAGGCCUGGAGGCGACGCUCCUGCUGGCGGAAAUGGAAGCAGCUGUCUCGACUACAGCGGAGCGUAAUUCUCUUCCUGUUUGCCUUCUUGGCAGUCUGUGGAGUCAUCUCAUACACAAGCAUGGGGGAACCAUGGAAAAGUCUAACAAACAAAUCUUUGGAUGAUCAGAGAGCAGAACCAGAAAUUCCUGGAUUAAAGCUGGCAAAUCCAGCCGUUUUACCAGCACCCCAGAAAGCAGAUGCCAACCUUGGAGACUACCCAGAGCUUUCACUGCAGAAGCUGCCAAAACUGCCUCAUGUUCGGCGUGGUCCUUCCAAUCUUCAGAUCAAGCCACCACGGAGGGAUGUGAGGCUGAAGGCCCAACAUGAUACUGGCAGGGUUGUAGAAGAGCUGGUCCAGGCUGAUAAAGAAGAGAAAACGGAGAAAUCUGUUAUCAGCUGGAGAGGAGCAGUGAUAGAACCUGACCAAAGCACUGAACCUCCAUCUAGUAAAAUAAAGGAACCAGAAAAACCUUCAUCUGUGGAAGCUGAAGACCAGAAGGAACCAGUGCCCAUAAAUGAACGUCAGAUGGCUGUGAUAGAAGCUUUCCGCCAUGCCUGGAAAGGAUACAAGGAUUUUGCCUGGGGCCAUGACGAGCUGAAGCCUUUGUCCAAGUCCUACAGCGAGUGGUUUGGACUUGGCCUUACCUUAAUUGAUGCCUUGGAUACCAUGUGGAUUUUAGGCUUAAAAGAAGAAUUUGAAGAAGCAAGAAAAUGGGUAGCAAACGAGUUAGCAUUUGAUAAAAAUGUGGAUGUGAACCUUUUUGAGAGCACUAUUCGUAUCCUGGGGGGCUUGCUGAGCACCUACCAUCUCUCUGGAGAUAGCCUCUUCCUGGAAAAAGCUAAAGACAUUGGGAACAGGCUUAUGCCAGCAUUCAAGACCCCCUCCAAGAUACCAUAUUCUGAUGUCAACAUUGGCCGGGGCACGGCGCAUCCACCUCGCUGGACGUCCGACAGCACUGUGGCAGAGGUGACCAGUAUUCAGCUGGAGUUUAGGGAGCUAUCUCGUCUCACUGGAGAUGAGAAAUUCCAGAAAGCUGUAGAUGAGGUGAUGAAGCAUGUUCACACCCUCUCAGGGAAAAACGACGGACUAGUGCCUAUGUUCAUAAACACCAAUAGUGGGCAGUUCACUCACUUGGGUGUCUAUACUCUGGGAGCCAGGGCUGACAGCUACUAUGAGUAUUUGCUCAAGCAAUGGAUUCAGGGGGGGAAAAAAGAAAAUGAGCUGUUGGAAGACUAUAUGAGAGCCAUAGAAGGAGUGAAAAAGCAUCUUCUUCAGAGAUCACAACCCAAGAAGCUUACUUUUGUAGGAGAGCUUGCUCAUGGCCAUUUCAGUGCCAAGAUGGAUCACUUGGUUUGCUUUUUGCCUGGCACGUUGGCACUGGGAGCUCACAAUGGAUUGACUGCUGAUCAUAUGAAAUUGGCUGAAGCCCUUACAGAAACCUGUUACCAGAUGUACGCUCAAGUAGAGACAGGCCUGAGCCCAGAGAUCGUGCACUUCAAUCUUCAUGCACAAAACGGCCACAAAGACGUGGAAAUCAAGCCUGCAGACAGGCACAACUUACUGCGACCAGAAACUGUGGAAAGCCUUUUUUAUAUGUACAGGUUCACUGGUGAUAAGAAAUACCAAGACUGGGGCUGGGAAAUCUUGCAGAACUUCAAUAAAUACACACGGGUUCCUACAGGUGGUUAUACUUCCAUUAACAACGUCCAGAAUCCCAGUAAUCCAGAGCCACGGGAUAAGAUGGAGAGCUUCUUCCUUGGGGAAACACUCAAGUACAUGUUUCUGCUGUUUUCAGACGACAUAGACUUAAUCAACCUUGACAAAUAUGUAUUUAACACAGAAGCUCACCCGCUCCCGAUCUGGGUGCCAGCAUAGACUGGGUGUCAGUGGACCUUCCAAUGGUGACAUUUUAACCUUCAAGUCACUUUACUUUUCAGGGUUUGAGGAGAGAUGCUCAAUUGCACCUUUUUUGGCUUCAAACAAAACCUUUGGGAAAGCAUCUCUGGUUUGGAGAAGUCAUGUCAGUCUUAAGUCUAAUCCCUGGUUUGGGAUGGACAGGCUGUGCCAUACUAAGCUGGCUUUCCUGGUAUUGAUGAUGAGGUUCAGAGAAUAAUUGUAGUGUGGACCAUGACAUUCACGGGGCUCUAGUGAACCAGAACUCACGUCAGUCUUACAAAAUGCUCAUCAAAUACCGGGAAUGCAGCAAGUUGUCUUACAGCACAGGUUGUCCCUGGAGAGAAGGAAUAAGCCUCUGGGUUUCUGGUUUAUUCUGGAUUCACUGAAACACUUGGUUACAGUGCCAUUCCUCCAUAAGAACUGGUAGUGUUUCAGGUGGUAAGUGGAAUAAACAAAGGACUGUAACGUUGUUCCAGGUAGAAGCAAAGCUGUCAGUAUUCCUACUGAUGCUCUGAUCUCAUUCCAGACUACCGAGCUAUGCUGCAUCAUGCCAGAAGGGAGUGGCAGCAAAGCACCUGUUGUACAGUGUCUUAGUUUUAUAGAGCACUUUGAACGAUCUGUUCAAGCUGUGGCUGAAAUGAAUGGUGGGAGAGAAUUUGCUGCUGGUCUGGCUCAAAAGUGGUAUAUAAUUUUGUAGAGGUAUUGCAGUUUUUUAACUUAUCUAAUGCAGGAGAUAAUGUGAAACGCAAGUGGAACUACACAUGCAUUUUGUAUAUUAUUUGCAUCAGUUAGACUCAGGUAUUCUGACUGAAAGCUGCUUUAUGAGGCUGGGCACUGGGAAAGCUGGUGAGCUGGGUAUGAUCUGAUGUCGGCCUCCUUCCAUCCCUUCCGGUCCAGGCAUUGCAUUGUAAAGUGUUCACUGACUCAAAUGUACGAUUGUACAGCAGAGUUCAUGUGAUUCUUCAUUGUUUGGACUGUGGAGAAAUUUUCAAUUUUUAUUUUUUUUUUUUUUUGUUUCUCCUGAGCAGUGCUUUGGGUAGAAGUGUUUUCAUCAGCAGUGUUAAAAGCAGACGGUCUAAACGUAUUACAGCAAUUCCUGGUCCAGUAGGGUUAGUGAACUCUGUUCAGUUGCUUGAAGAUAAAGCAGACCCAGUUUUCUUUUUUUCUUUUAAGAAUCUCAUGGUAGCUCUGGGAUCUUUUGGUUUGAUAUGUGCAAAUAGGUUUUAAAACAUGAAUUUGGAAAUCAGCUUUCUGUAGUGCUUUUCCUUUUGGUUUUGUUGCUACUCGGACAGUCCUUUAUUCACAGAUUCUCAGAAAUGUGCUCGUUAUAUCUCUUAAAGAGGUUGUUCUCACCAAAACGUCCUUCCCCUCACAUUAAUGGGUGCAGUGGCAAGUAUGCAGGUGCGUGGUAGCAGCAGUGAAGGUCCAGUCCCCUCUGAAUCUUGGGCUGCUAAGUGGAACUAAUUAAAUCUGACUGUAAUCCUCUGGUGGCUGAGGGGGGUAUGCAUAUUUUAUAGUAUUUGUAACCUUUGAUUUGUUUUAUGCUGAUCAGUUCCGUUUGCUGGAGUUACCCUUGGGACCACUAUUUAAAUCCUUUACAGAAUAUUUACCAUUCCAUGAUGGUUUAUGGAAACGGAGACAUUUUACAAAUUAUUUCAAUGCACCUUUUUCUGUCAUCAGAGGGACCCUGGGACUUGCAAGACACAAUGGGUUUGUGCAGGAUGUCAGUGUUCCUCCAGUUCAGGUGCCACCAGUAACCCUGGCAGUCAUUUUCUUUGUGUGUGCGGUGGAAGCCAGUAACUGUAGCCAUUGUCUGCACGACCAGUUUGCUCCUACGACUUUUGUUUCCUUUGACAUAACAGCCAAGAAGGAAAAUGCUGUUAGAAUGUGGGAGGAAAUACCUUCACUGGUUUUGUUUGUGGAGCAGCUUCGUGUUUCUGAGGAGUUGAGCUUUCACUACAAGCUGAAGGCUUAGAACUGGAGAUUAAAAAAAAGAAAGAAAGAGAAAUUUCGUGAGGCUACCCAGGCCCUGCUGCUUUACACUGCUUUGGCUUUGUGCCUUCCAUUGAUGCUCAUAUCGAACCCUUAAGUAAUGACUUUGCUAUGGAUUGUAAAACUUCCAGAGUUUGGCAUUUCACCUGUGUGGCAGCCCUGAGGAAACAGAGAUUUCUCAGAGAGUGGGAUACAUACAAAUACUCACCAAAAAUCUUAAGUCUUAAGCUAGUCUGAAUAGAAUUGACUCUGCAAAUGAGACCAUGGGGGGCUGUUACAAUUUUCUUGCCUUAUGAUAAUAAUCCAUUUCAUAAUGAGUUGAAGGAGAGAAGAAUGAAUCGUCCCUUUCCCAGACAUGCUUCUUGUCUUUAGCUGAGCCUGUUGGCCUGGCUGAUUUCUUUUCUACCUAAUUCGUCCUGGAAGCUGAGUCUCUUUGCAAAGUGUGGCUUUACUGUCCUCAUCCUUUAAAUCUGAAGUUAAAACUGUUCAGCUCGCUCUACCUUUGAGAACAAAUGCUUGUGUCACAUGUGGAAUGGCACAAACCUAGAUGACCUGAUGAAAGCUCAUCUGCUUCUUCCUGUUCUUUUGCCAAGGUCACUUUAAUGACUUGCUUAUUUUUACUUCCAUAACAUAGUAUGUUGUGUCAGAUGAGUAUCUGAGCUUCACAGCCCUUCUCAAUUACACUGUGCGCUCCCCAGCACAACAGCAGCUUUGCUUUCUUUCAGGUACUCUGGGGCUCAUUCAACCACAGCCGUCACUGCGGGUCUGCAAUCCAUUCUGGUGUUUCAGCGUACUGGCACGCUGCUGAUCCCUGAGUCGUGGAGCAGAGAGGCUGCCUGUUCAGCCAGUGAUUCUGUCCUUUUGCACAAAGAGCUGCCUUGGUUUCUCUCCAAGAGCUUGAGUGCCUUGCUUAAUUAAACUAAAAACCCCCAAACAAACCAGCCCCACCCAGCUACACUGUUCAGUUAGGCCCUCACUGAGAAACAAACGGGUACGGGCACAGCCAGUGGGUGCUGCAUGGCUGCAGGGCUUGGAAGUCUCAUGCUCCAGGCUUUAAGCCACAGCUCAGAAAAAAACCCCAUGUUUGCUCAAAGCCAAUUCAAUAGAUGAAUGGGGCCACAGCUAGCACCUAAUCCCUGGCCUUCCUGAGAACUGAAGUCUCACUACAAGCCUUAGAAACUGGCAGGUUUGCAGGGUCCGUGGUAUGGGCUGACAAGGCCCCUCUGGGUUUCACAUGGCUUCCUGUUAGCAGGAUUUCUCAGCAUUACAUGCAGAGCUCGGAUACAGCUGUAUUUACUCCUCCAGAUAUUAGUCAAGGAAUUUGCUCUGUUUCCUGCUCUGUUGCUGUGUGACAUGGCAGCGGUGAGGGAUGUGGGCAGGAUGGGUUUGUCCAAUGAACACAUUUACAGAGUUUUGUGAAAUUUCUCCUGCCCCUUAA